GGUACGGAACACAUGAGCAUCGGCCACUUUUUUGCGAAGCUGCGGCACUUCUCCCUGUAUGCCCCAGGCCUGUUCUGUUCCGUCUUGGCAUUCCUGCACGCCUCCAAAUGGAUGCCGACGGAAGAGCUGUGUGGUCUCUCCAUCCCUUCUAAUCUUGCGCACAUAGCGGGCCCCUGGUCAUGACUGUAUCAGACUCUACCCAUGCGAUUCACAGCUUCUCCUCUGCGGCAGCAUCUCUUUGGUCAAGUAAAGGCUGGCCUGUCCGCUAGUUCGCCCCGCCUCGUAUCAGAUGCGACGCCCGACCAUAGUUCGAAGCAGCCAGCUACUCUUCAAC